AUGAAUGUUACAUCUGUCAUCUCUGAAAACAACAACAAGCUGACUGCUGAAAAACAGCAGCUGGAAACCAACCUGUCAGACCUCAACAACAAACUCAGCUCAGAAAAUGAAAGAUUGAGGAGAGACAAAGAUGAUCAGACAGUCAUCAUUGGAAACCUGACAAAGGAAUAUAAUGUCUUAGAAAUGAAGAUCAAGAAUCUAACUGGAGAGAACCAGCAGCUGAAGAUACAAAACCAACAGCUGGAGAAAGAGAAGAACAAAUUAACAGAACAAAUACAAAACAUAGAGAACACUGUCAUCCAGCAGAACUUUGAUGCCUAUGACACAAUAAAAGAUGGAAGUAAACAGCGUGAACUUUGCCUGAAGGGCUGGCUGUACCACCAGUCCAGCUGUUACGCAGUCCACAACCCUACUUACGCUGGUCAGAAAACCUGGGAGGAAGCUCAAGAGAACUGCAGAGGAAAGAAUUCAGACUUGGCUGUAAUAGUUAAUGAAGAUGAAAAGACAUUCAUCAGAGGUAACAGUUGGAAGAAAAAAGGACUCGCUGGCUACUGGAUUGGACUGAGAGUUGAAGACAGGAAAUGGAAGUGGAUCGAUGGAAGUGAUCUGACUAAAAAAUCCUGGAUGACAGAAACGGCUUACAAAAGCGACUGUGCAAUUACUGUCCAUAACAAAGGAUGGGAGUCAGCGUUGUGUGGAACCACAAACGGUUGGAUCUGCAAAAAGGCGGCUUUAUCUGUUUAA